AUGUCUUGGUUGAUUAAUUCUGUUUCAUCUGAGAUUGCACAAAGCAUAAUGUACUAUGAAUUAGCUACUAAAACGUGGAACGAUCUUCCUGAGCGUUUCAAUGAAGGCAAUGGCCCUUGGAUUUUCCAAUUGCAGACUCAACUCACUCGGCUUCAGCAGGGUGAUUAUUCUGUUUCUGCAUAUUUUACAAAGAUGAAAUCCCUAUGGGAUGAGUUGAAAGAAUUUCAACCAAUAACAACUUGCACUUGUGGUGCAAUGAAAAUUUUCUUGGAUUAUUUCAACCAAAAUCAAGUACUUCAAUUCUUGACUGGUUUGAAUGAAUCCUAUGCAUCAGUUCGUGCUCAAAUUUUGCUUAAUGAACCAAUACCCAAUCUGUCCCGUGUGUUUGCCAUGAUUGUUCAAGGAGAACAUCAAAGAUCCCUCGGAUCUUCUAAUGCAAUCCCCCUGGCUGGGUUUGCUCCACAAUCUGUCAAUGCUGAUCUUUCUUCUGAAUGCCAGCAUUUAAUCUCACUUCUCAGUAAUAAUUCUGCUUCUUAUGCAACAUCUUCGAUAGUCGAUAGUGGUGCUACACACCACAUGUGUUCCAACUUUGCUUGCUUCUCUUCAUUUACUAAUGUUCCAUUUCCUAAGUAUGUCACCUUACCAAAUGGACAAGAAAUACCUGUCCAAAAUGUUGGCACUAUCAAGAUUAACUCUAAAAUUACUCUGCACAAUGAUCCUACUCUGAAUGUGGUGAUUGGGACAGCUGAAAGAUGUGGCAAAUUGUACUUGCUUCAACAAGACAACUCCUCUACUACAGCUGCUACUACAUCUCUUUUUUCUUUCAAUAAAACCAAUGCAUCAUCAAAUACCAUUCUUGUGUGGAAAGACCACAACAAAAUUUGGUUGUUAAAAGAAAAUACCACCACAUACUAA